CUUCCGUCCGUGAGUCUAAGCGACCACAUGACGAAAACAUUGAGGAUGUGGAUGUCAACGCAAUUAUGAUACACACAGGGAAGGACCCGAUGUGAAGGACUUGCUUUAUAUUUUCUUUCAAGUUCUUCAAGAUGAUUGAGUCCUGCUCGAAGAAACGAAUGGUUAUAGCCAUUGCCUGCCUUAUUAGUUUGUCAGUGCUUGUUUUGAUUAUUGAGAAUGAGCUUGCUCCUAAUGACACACGGCCCCACACCCACACCACUGCUCACCCCAACAUGACGCAGCGUGAUAUGUGCUACCUUCAUGAAGAGUUUAGUGAGCUUGAAGAGUGUCAGCCAUGUUCAGACCUUGAAACUAAAAGUGGAAGUCCAACGGUGUGUGGGUCAGCGAGCUAUCGCCAAAAAAUAAAAUGCAAAAAGACUGGAGAAGUUUUCAGAAAAUGUGACCGUGUGGUGUGGUUAGAAGAACGCCACUUUUGGAUCUUUGAGACAGUCAUGGGGGUUGUUGGGCUGGUAUCAGGUCUGGCAACAGUGUUUAGACAAAAGGUGUUAGACCAUCGCAUUUUGCAAAGAAUACAACGACAGGUGGCAGCUGGAGUAUAAUGUUGUUGUUUUUUUAUUAUUCAUUUAUUUAUUUUAUUUUAUUUAAUAAAUAUCCAGUUCUUUCCAGUGCAUUUGUUUGCAGAAAUUGAGAUGUAUUCAAGAUUAACAAAAUAUUGUUAAUUAGUAUUUUUCAUGGAUGAUAAGUAGUUAGUUCUUAUUUAUUAGUGUUAUUAUCAUUAGCACUAUUAUUAUUCUUAUUGUUAUUAUUGCUAUUAUUAUUAUUUAUUUCAUGUCCUUAAAGUUUGAAUGUUGAUCAAAGUGUUUUCACAUCUUUCUUUCUUUUCAUGUAAAUGUAACUCAAAGAAUAUGGUCAAACUUCUCCCAAUACAAAAUAUUUUCUAAUCUAUUUAUGAUAAGCACUGUAAAUUUGUUUUUAUUGUGCAGAAGGUGCAUAUGCUGAAGAUAUUUUUAUUUAUGAGCAAAUAUGUGGACAUGAAUUUGUAAAAAAAAUAUGGGUUAAAGAAAAGCUUCUAUUUUGUUAUAGAAAUGUGAGGUUGUGAAAGAUGGUUCGGCAGUUGAUUCAAGUUAGCUAAGGAAAUCACUUGAUGUUAUCAAAUCUCUUGUAGUGAAAAGAAUGGAAUAUAUAACAAUGGGCACUCCCACAAAUAUAAUACAGAAAUAUAAUUUUCUAAGUUACAGAAGUAUGAUUUUUUUUGUAGAAAGGAAAGGAUAAAUAUAUCAUGGUGUUCAUUUUUUACGAGCUUCACAGGGACGUUACUAAAGAUUCAUUGAUAAGGGGGGGGGCGGUAAGUUUUAAUGAAAGAGGUUUGAAUGUACUCCCCCUAGAUAUUUUUGGUCAUCAAACAGUGAAAAAUCUAUGGAAAUUUGUGGGCAAAAUUUGGCUGAAAGUAUACCUGUAUAGCUAUCUCAUUGCCUUUCUUACACACUUUAACCCCUUGAUGAUUAAUUGAUAUAUUGUAUUAAAUGUUGAUGUUUUGAUAAAGACUGAUAUUGAGUAUUGGAGAUAAUUUAUUGUAAGGAUAAGAUUAAAAGGGAAUUGUAGAUAUGACAAGGAGAUGAAAAAGUCAUUUCACAUCACUAGUCACUAAAAAUUUGUUUUUAAGCUAAACAUUGAAGGCUUUCAUAUUAAUUUUUUUGUAUACAUUCCAUUGGAACAAAAAAACAACAACAUUGUUAGGUGAUUGGUAAUGAGAUACAUAAAUAUUUCAUUAAAUUUAGUAAUCCCUGUAGUUUACAAAAAUGAAUUUUAGCAAAGGAUCUCUCAUAGUAUAUCUUGUGUGUUUUAAGUAUGCCAUUGUCUUGGACAUGAUGACCGUGAGUUUUCUUGAAUGUAAUGCUUUCAUAAGAAUCUGUCUUUUGGUUGGUCCUCCUAGCAAGAAUUCAAGUAGAUAUUUUGGAAAAUAGGAAUCCAGAAAUAUUGGUAAGAAUUGUCCCAGUGCGUCAGAUGAUCAGUCAAGAAUGGUAUGUCAAGUUUCAAGAUGUUUGCAAAUAUUCACACAAGAGAUUUUCACUAUAUAUCACUUUGAAUGGUGACUGUUUAAAUAUAUGCUAAUGAAAUACAUCAUAUAUGUAUGCUUUAUUAAAACAGAUCAGAUUUUAACAAAAAUCAAUCUUCCACAUACAAAGACUUCCAUUGUUCUUGAAAAUACCAAAGAUUUGUUCUGGUAUGGGGUUCUCCCUUUCCAUGUUUCGGUAUUUAUUGUAUUAAUGGCUAAGACUUUAGUAAUAAGAUUAUGAGAAAAGAGAAUUAUCUAGGGGAAAAUAUGUUUGAUAAUGUUAAUUUAUAGGAGAUUGUUUAUGGCUAUCAAAGUAAAUAAACAGGAAUUUAUACACUAAUAAUAAAGUGCCAAUACCU